AUGGCCGAAUGCAAACUCGAUAACACCGCCUUCUCAGGCCUGCGACUCUCAUCGUCUGCCUGCGUCGCUUUCCCAACCUGCGGGCUUGCGAUGGCUGAGUCAGAGCGCUACCUGCCCAUCCUGAUCGACAAGCUCGAGGACUGCCUGGCGGAGAACGGCCUGAGCAAGGAAAGCAUCGUCAUGCGCAUGACAGGCUGCCCAAAUGGAUGUGCGCGACCCUGGUUAGCCGAGGUGGCGUUUGUGGGUAAAGCAUAUGGUGCCUAUAACAUGUAUCUGGGCGGUGGUUAUCAUGGUCAGCGGCUGAAUAAGCUUUACCGAGCGUCGAUUAUGGAGGAUGAGAUUCUGACGAUCAUGAAGGAAUUGCUGAAGCGGUAUUCACUGGAGCGGCGAGCGGCAACCGUUGAAGGAGGGGAGUCGGAGAGGUUUGGUGAUUGGUGUAUUCGGUCUGGCGUUAUUAAGGAGACAACGGAAGGGAAGACUUUCCAUGAUGAUGUUGCGGAAGAUGAUGAGGAUGAGGAGUAA